AGAAAGCACAGAAAGCGCAACUUUUGGGAGGGAGAGAAAGAGAGCGCGAUAUAGAGAGACAGAUCGAGAGAGAAGAGAGAGAAAGAGAAAUAAAGUUCAGGCACCAGUGCAAAAGGACGUGGAGCUACACAAGAGCCAGCUGCUUUUUACACAUUUCAUACUGAACGCAAACGCAUCCUGGGAGGACUUGAUGUGCAUCACAAUCUUUUAUAUAUCUUAACAAACUUACAAGGAUUUUUGUUUUCCGGCUUGUUUUCUUCGUUUAGUCGAGUGCUGCGCAAAGCUUCCAAAUCAUUGUGAUGCGUUUAUUUUACAAGGAUUAAUAAACAUAUUGCGCACUUUUUUUGUUUGUUUUUCAAGCAUCAGCUUACGUUUAAUCACAUCUAAUUGCGCACUCCAUAAUUCUUUAAUGAAUUGAUGGGGAAGAAACUCCCGGUUAUGCAGACUCCUUAAGUCAACGUCGCUUUUUUUCUUUUUUCUUUUUUAAUGCCAUGGAAGGAUCCAGCGCGUCCAGUUUUGGAAUAGACACCAUUUUAUCUUCCGCCGGUUCCUGCAGCUCGGCGCUCGCGAUGAUGGACGGAGACUUCCGGGCGGCGGAUUUCCGGAGCCGCGCGACGCCUUCGCCCUGCUCGGAUGUAGACACGGGCGCAAGGAGCCCUUCGUCCCCGAUCUCUGUCACUGCGGAGCCGCCUGAACCGCAUCCGGUGCAAGACGGCCUUCAUCAUCAUCUCCAUCAUCACCAUUAUCAUCCGGUGGCCCAAAAUCCGGCCGCAUGCGCCCCGCGGACCGCCACCUCCUCUUUUUUGAUCAAGGACAUUCUGGGCGACGGGAAGCCGCUGGCAGCGUGUGCGCCCUACAGCGCGAGCCUCGCACCCUCCCCGCAGCACCAGCGUCAGCAUCAUCACGCUCCGAAAGCAGAGAGCGCGGACUGUCUCACCCCAAAAGCGGAGCACGACGAACACGGGGGGAAAACAGAAAAAAGAGAGGACAUUCACAACGACACAAAAUGCAACGGAACAAAAGAAGAGGGUGAUCGGGAAAUCUCGAGCUCCAGAGACAGCCCUCCUGUACGCGCUAAAAAGCCGCGGAAAGCGCGAACAGCCUUUUCGGACCAUCAGUUGAACCAACUGGAGCGCAGCUUUGAGCGCCAGAAGUACCUGAGUGUGCAGGACCGCAUGGACUUGGCAGCGGCGCUUAAUCUCACCGACACACAGGUCAAGACCUGGUACCAGAACCGACGGACGAAGUGGAAGCGGCAGACGGCGGUGGGUUUGGAACUGCUUGCGGAAGCAGGCAGCUACUCGGCGCUGCAGCGGAUGUUUCCUUCACCAUAUUUCUACCCACCCGGGCUUUUAGGCUCUGUGGACGGAACAGCAGCAGCGGCGGCGGCGGCAGCAGCGAUGUACAGCAGUGUGUAUCGGAACAGCGCACCGGCGCCGCAUCCCGCAGCCACUCUGCACAGACCGCUCGUGCCGCGCGUGCUAAUUCACGGCCUGGGCGCGAGCGGGCAACCGGCACUCAACCCGCUGGGGAACCCUGUUCCUGGCACGCCGCAUCCUCGGACACGAAGCGCUUUUUCUCCAAGACAGAACACUAAAAUACCGUUUUAUCGAAGAACAAGAAGACGACGAAGUGUUAUUAUUUAAUAUGGACCAUGCAUUUCUGAGUUCUGGCCUUGCACACAAAAGGUGACUGUUCACAUGACGGAUUGUUGUUUUGAUUUUUUUUUCUUUUUUGUACAAAUACACUUAUACUACUAAAUAAAUGUAAAUUUUAUUAGAGGCGCAGAAAAAGGUUGAAUAAAGACAGAAUACUAAAAGCAAAAGUUAUAUGGGAUGCUUUUUAACGAAAGUCGUUUACAGAAAUUACAAUUUCACUCUUUAAAAAAGUCAGGUACGUUUAUUAACAAUCUGAUAACAUGUUCAAUUAAUUUCAAAUGAAAUCAAAACAAUUCAUAAAUAAAUCUACUUACGCAAAUGUAUUGUUCCCCUGCAAAUAAAUCGAAUGACUUCAAACACCACGGAAUUAGGUUUUGUAAACUACACAUAACUUUUUAAACAUAUUUUAACUAUUACAUUCCUGCUAAAUCUUUUUAAACAAAGUUAAACGUACUUUAUUUCUGGUAUUUUUUUCCCAAACAAAUUAAAUGAACAUGAGUUUGAUGCAAUUAAAAAGAAUCGGUUUAUAGAAUUCAGUCCAUUCAGAGCAGACUUCAAAGCUAAUUAAAGUUCAUUUCAUCUAGUCAGCUAACCACAGGAUUUUUGCAAUUAUGAUACCAAGUAAAUAUGUUUGGGUUUUUUCUUUGCUAGUUGCUGAGGAUUAUAUAAGAUGUAUGAAUAUGAGUCGGAGACAUGGGCCUACUGUUUGGACAGAGAACUGCGGGUUCUGUUCUCCUUUAGCUUUAUUUUAAACAAACAACUUCAUUACCACAUCAUUUCAAAGCAACGCAUUCUGGCUGAAAUUUAUUCUGAAACAAACAAACAAAACAACAACAAC